AUGGAAACUGACAAGGACGAGAAUGGCGAGUUUCUUGUCUUGAUUUGCCAGGGCAAGAGAAUCAAUGUUCGGAAAAUGGCUUUAUCUACACAAGACAACGUUUUCCACACCGCCUGCACUGGUCCAUUCAAGGUAAGUGGUAGUGUACAGUUCGCAGGUCAGUAUUACUUUCAUAGUGGGGAUUACGAUGUUGCGGUAGCAUCGGAGCUGGAGGAAGAUAUAUCUGCCUUGCAAAUCCACGCGAGAAUGGUUUCAUUGGCUGACAGAUAUGCCAUUGACGCGCUGGUGUCGCUGUCAGCAACGAAGUAUUCGGAUAGGCUUAGAAAAUCAGACAUGCUUGAAUUCCUUGGGUCUAUUCAUGAUGUUUACACAUUGACGCCAAGUCAUGUCAGAGAUCUUCGGGUUGAAGCCGUCAGGCAUGCAAGGAUCAACCUGCCGCAACAUCUGGGAAACGCAUCAGUCAGACGGGCAUACGAAGACAUUGCGAGCACGACUCCGGAAUUCAUAAAGGAACUUCUAGACUCAUAUAUGGAGACCGCGAUGAUAGGAAGGUGCUGGAACUGUGGCCGUUGCCAAGCAUUAGAGGCUGUACAGAGUCGCUGUUUGACAUGUGUCCAACUUGCUCAUCUCCCUCUCCCAAGUGGCGUGGCCAAAUUUAUUGAUCAAGUGUCAGAUGUCGAUAUUUCGAGCGAGGGUUUCACAGGUAUCCAUAUAAGGGAGGAAUCGCCCAAGUCUGACAGACUUCCACUCCUGAUGCUAACAGCCCAGUGUCCGCAGUGUAUGGGCGACGAAUCCCUACCUGUUGAAGAGAGGACUUUCUCCUACUGCCGCCCUGCGGUAAUGAAUGAUCAUUUUGACCGCGAGCAUCUAGAUACUAUUAAGAGUUAUGACAGUCUCAUCUUCUGUAACCACCCGAAAUGUAGGAAUGCUGAUUUAAAAUUGACAAGCCUCGAUCAUUCUCGAAACCAUGUUGCUCGUGUCCAUGGUGUCACUCUGAGAGCCUCACGAACAUAG